GGGCCGCAGCGCUGCCCGGGGGAGGAGGCGGCCCGCCCAGGUGAGGCGUGCGGCGAAGUCCUUGCCCGGAGUUGGGCACUUGUCUCUCGCCAGGAGCUCGGCGGUGUCAGCGGAAGGCGGAGCCGCCGCCGCCGCCGGCGGGCGAGGGUAGGGAGCCGGCCCCCGGCCGCGGGAUGAGGAGGACCCUGGCGCCGCGCUGAGUCGGGGCCGGAGAGGAGGAGGAGGCGGCGGCGGCGGCGGCGGCGCCGCAAGCCGGUCGGGAAAAAUGAACUUUCAUUGAAGAGCAUAAGAAUAAGUCACCUUACUGUAAAAAAUCAAGACUACACAACAUGUCUAACUGGUGAAGAAACAAAACCUGCACCAUAUGUUGUACAAUGGGUACUACAAAUGAUGAGAUGGUUUCAGUAGAGCAGACUCCCUCCUUGAACCCUCUGUGUUUUGAAUGUGGCCAGCAACAUUGGACAAGGGAGAAUCAUUUGUACAACUAUCAGAAUGAAGUGGAUGAUGACUUGGUCUGCCAUAUUUGCCUUCAGCCUUUGUUGCAGCCAUUAGACACCCCUUGUGGACACACGUUCUGCUACAAGUGCCUAAGGAACUUUUUGCAGGAGAAGGAUUUCUGUCCAUUGGAUCGAAAAAGGCUCCAUUUUAAACUCUGCAAAAAAUCCAGUAUUCUCGUUCAUAAACUGUUAGACAAAUUGUUUGUUUUGUGUCCCUUUUCUUCAGUAUGUCAGGAGGUAAUGCAACGAUGUGAGCUGGAAGCACAUCUCAAAAACAGGUGUCCUGGAGCUUCCCAUCGAAGGGUUGUACUGGAGAAAAGGAAGACUAGCAAACUGCAGACGGAAGCUGAGAAUGAAAAUGGGCCGAGUGUGAUAGAUCACCCAGGCACGUUAUCUCCAGAUACAGACCAUGCUGGGACAGGACCUGUGCCAGUGGAUCAGAACUUUACACCAACUACUCUUCCUGCGUGGACAGAUGAGCCUGGCCUUGACAACCCUGCCUUUGAAGAGAGCACAGUAGCAGACGGCUUCCCACCUAUGGAAUACUGUCCUGUUCAAAUGAAAAGGCAACUGAGUAACUCCUGCAUCCAUCUGCAUCGAUCUAACAGUAACACCUCUAGCAUCUGCGAUAUUAGAGAGGAAACACUGAGCCUUACCACAGAGGAAGCAACCCACCAGCCACCUAUCUUGCCCGAAGGAGAAAUCACUACAAUUGAAAUUCAACGGUCCAAUCCUUAUAUUGAGUUAGGAAUUAGCAUAGUGGGUGGCAAUGAAACUCCUUUGAUCAACAUUGUUAUCCAAGAGGUUUAUCGAGAUGGGAUCAUUGCCAGAGAUGGAAGACUCCUUGCUGGAGACCAAAUACUUCAAGCCUAUAUGACAUUGGAGGUCAUUUCACUUACGUCAAGAAAUGUCAUCUAUCAACCAAAAGAAGUCAAUAACUUUGACAUCAGCAAUGUGUCUCAUAACCAUGCUCGAGCUGUUCUUUCCCAGCCCUGCAUGGUGCUGCAUCUCACGGUGCUCCGAGAGAGACGAUUUGGAAGCCGGACACACAACCAUGCUGAUAGCACUUCCCUGCGAGAAGAUGGCUUUCAGGUGAUGCUGCAUAAACGAGACUCUAGUGAACAGCUUGGCAUUAAAUUAGUGCGCAGAACAGAUGAGCCAGGAGUUUUUAUCCUCGACCUUUUGGAAGGGGGAUUGGCUGCUCAAGAUGGCAGACUCUGCAGCAAUGACCGUGUACUUGCAAUCAAUGGACAUGACCUGAAACAUGGGACACCGGAACUUGCUGCUCAGAUUAUCCAGGCUAGUGGGGAAAGGGUGAAUUUAACAAUCUCCAGACCAGUGAAAUCACAGACAGUCGCUAUUCUCCGAGAAGCAGGGACUCAUAACAACAGCCAGCACCAGGCGCAGCAGCUGUUCCACAGCAGACAGAGUUCGCAUAAGAUUCUUUCCCAGUGUGUUACAUGCCAAGAAAAGCACAUUACUGUGAAAAAAGAACCACAUGAAUCCCUUGGAAUGACAGUAGCAGGAGGUAGAGGCAGCAAAAGUGGUGAACUACCAAUCUUUGUUACUAGCGUGCAACCUCAUGGCUGUCUUGCAAGAGAUGGCAGGAUCAAACGAGGUGAUGUGUUGCUGAAUAUUAAUGGUAUUGACCUGACCAAUCUAAGUCAUAGUGAGGCAGUGGCUAUGCUCAAAGCCAGUGCUACCUCUUCAGUGGUGACACUCAAAACAUUGGAGGUCCAGAUUGUUGAAGAACAAACCCAGAGUAAUGAGGAACAACCAAGCACAAUCAGCGAAAAUGAAUAUGAUGCUAGCUGGUCACCCUCCUGGGUCAUGUGGCUGGGGCUUCCAAGCGGCCUACAUAGCUGCCAUGAUGUAGUGCUACGGAGGAGCAAUUUAGGAAGUUGGGGCUUUAGCAUCGUUGGUGGAUAUGAGGAGAAUCACACAAACCAGCCUUUCUUCAUUAAAACGAUUGUUCUAGGAACUCCAGCAUACUUUGAUGGAAGGUUAAAGUGUGGUGACAUGAUUGUCGCUGUAAAUGGACUAUCCACAGUGGGCAUGAGCCAUUCCUCACUAGUUCCUAUGCUGAAGGAGCAGAGGAACAAAGUAACUUUGACUGUUGUUUGCUGGCCUGGAAGCCUCAUAUAGAUUUGUAAAACAGCUUUGGUUCGAGUAGCUGAUUUUCUACAUGGCUGGAACAAAGCCUCCAUUUUUUUUCUACUGAUACAGCUGGUAAUAAGCAGGGCCAAAAACUGCUAUGUUCAUUUUUUUAAAGGGGGGGGGAUUCUCAACCUUUUUACUGUACGUAUGUUGCCAUCUUGAAACAGCCAUAUCUACCAAGUUUAUUGUGCUCAUUGUUGCUGGCACGUGCACAUUAAGGUGUUAUUGUCAUUCUUCCCAGACAGUAAUUCUGACAGUCAGCAGAAGAAUUCUGUAGUAUUUCUGGUUUCUCCUAGUAUUUUUUCCAAAUUGAAACAUAAAAUGGUAAGCUAUGUAUUCUCUCCUUGAGAGAAGGUUCAUGUCAGUAAUGCAAUUAAAGUCCUACCCGUUACUGCUGUGAAUCAAAAUUGGUGUAAAAAUGAAUGCAUUUUUCAUUUUUUGUAAAUAUUUUCAGUUUGUUCCAGUAUGUUAAAACCAUUCAAGCACCUGUUUUACUCAUAAGGAAGGGUUUGGUCCCAUGGUUUUUGUUGCAGGUCAUCAGUGUUCACAAAAGAGUGGGACAAAAGCCUGAUGUUACUGGAAUUUUUAUAAAGUGCAAUAAUCGGACUCUUUGCUAGAAAUCGAUUUAAUAUAUUACAAAAGUUUGUAUCCUAUAAUGCAAAGGAAUAUGGAAGUAAUCAGUCUGAAUGCUGGCAACAAUAAAAAUGCCCGGGUCACCUCUGAUCGAACGGCCUGUUGUAUUAGAGUUUACUUUCCAAAUGAAUGUUUUCCUAUGUCAGAAAAUUUUGAUGAACAUUUUUACUAAAACCAUUUUUACAGUUUAUAUUGUGAUUGUCAGUAGCUCUUUUUAUUCUUGUGACUAACAAACAUUAUUGUGACUCAACCUGUAAAUCAGAGAGGUAUUUAAAAAAAAAAAGAAGAAAGCUGUUUAUGACAGUGUACAUUACCAUUUAAAAGCAAGGAGGUGGGACUCCAAAUGCAAAAGGAGCUGCAAAGUUUUACUUAUUCUGUUAUUUGCUGACAAAUGCCUUCGUAUAAAAUGUUGAAAAGAUCUGUUUUGUAUUUGAGAAAUCAUUUUUUUUUGGCAAACACUUGCCACUCGAUUGUUGACAACUAUAAUAUUUUAUAUCUUUUAAUUAUGUUUAGCAUUUUUAAAGCAAACUUAUCACUUGCAGGUUUUGCUUUGACCAUAAUGUUUGCAGGAUAAGCGUCCUUUUGUAAAAGCACACCAACUAGUGUGCUGAUCUGGAGAAAAAUCUGUACAUUGUUAAUGUUCUGUGUACUUGAAAAAGCGUUCCAUUUAGAAACCAAGUUCAGAAUCUGAACUAAUUUAUAAAUGACCUCUCUAUUGUAAUAAUGAUGGUAUUAAUUAUCAGCGAAUGUAUUUCAUAAUCACUGCAUAUUUCAAUUGUGAAGCAUGAACUUUAUUUUCAGACUUAGCGGCUAUCCUAUUGGGGCAUAUUAUCGCAUGCCACUGAUUCCAGUAGCUUCGUUUAAAAAAUAAAGCUACCAUCUCUUGCAAAAAAUUUAAAAGCUCUUAUGACUGAAGUAGUUUUAUUCCUCUCUGUGGUAUAUGAUAUUUGUUUGCUUUCACACCAUCAGGACACAACUCAAUCCGCCCAUGCAGUAUAUUACUGUAUAGAGAAUAUUUGUUUUUGAAGCAAUCAGAGGCUACAUUUCUUUGAUAUCCCUAGCUGAGAUGAGAACAAGUUUUGCCAACUACAUCUUUGCAUAGCAUUUAGGAAAUACAUUGACCGGUAUGUUGAAAUUAAAAUAUUUCAUUUGAAGUGACAUCCUAUUCAAAAUCUGAGCAAAAAUCAAACUUUUACCCUUUUUUUUUUCUUUUGUAUCAUGAAAGCAUGGUUAAGCUUAAGUUGUGCUAUAUAUUUUGUUCCACUGGGCAACAGCUUUUGAUCACAAUGUCUUGUGACAGAAACUUGUUCCAAAGGGGCCCCAAUGUUUUUUUGGGUGGGGGUUCUCUUAUGAUCUUGUGGUUAGUUUAUCGGAUUUAUUCUUCUGUGCCUUUUGUUUUAAAUUAUUUCAAGAUUUUUUUUCAGAUGUUGCUAUCUAAUUGUGUGGUAUUAUUGAAGAAUGAAUGAAAAUAAAAGUCCAUUCUACCCAUUUUAA